UUUUUUUUUUUCAUUCACAGAUCUGAUGAGGAUAGCGCCAGUGGAAACAAAUACAACAGAAUGGAAGAAGACAACGUUCAAGAGAAGGAGCGAUUCGCCAGCGGACAAUGUUCGGGCGCCGAUCUUGUCAACCGAGAAAACCACUGCGAGAUCGAGCGGCGGAGGCGAAACAAAAUGACGGCCUACAUCACCGAGCUGUCCGACAUGGUGCCCACCUGCAGUGCCCUAGCCCGGAAGCCGGACAAGCUGACGAUCCUGCGGAUGGCGGUGGCCCACAUGAAGGCGCUAAGAGGAACCGGAAACACAAAUGCCGAUGGAUCCUACAAGCCUUCGUUUCUAACCGAUCAGGAGUUGAAGCACCUGAUACUGGAAGCUGCAGAUGGAUUUCUGUUUGUGGCUGGCUGUGAUACGGGACGCAUCAUCUACGUGUCCGACUCGGUGACGCCGGUGCUCAACUACACCCAGAAUGAGUGGUACAGCGGGAGCCUUUUCGAUCACAUUCACCCGGAGGACAUCGAAAAGGUGCGGGAACAACUGUCCACACAGGAACCGGCCAACAGCGGCCGGAUAUUGGAUCUCAAAACUGGCACCGUCAAGAAGGAGGGACACCAAUCAGCUUCAAUGAGAUUAUGCAUGGGAUCGCGAAGAGGUUUCAUCUGUCGAAUGCGAAUCGGACCCAUGACGCCGGAAUCGAUGGCCCUGGGACAUUUGAACCGACUAAGGCGGAAAAACUCGCUCGGGCCUUCACCGGAUGGACACAACUACGCGGUCAUGCACUGUACCGGGUACAUCAAAAAUUGGCCUCCGACUGAUAUGUUUCCAGGGGUGACGAUCGAUCGAGGCCAGGACGACGAUCUGCACAAUACCCACUGCUGUCUGGUGGCGAUCGCGCGGCUCCAGAUUACCUCCUCGACGACGGCCAACGACCUGAACGCGAACAAUCCGAACGAAUUCAUCUCCCGGCAUGCGAUGUGCGGGAAGUUUACGUUUGUGGACCAGCGGGCUGUGGGGGUGCUCGGCUACCAGCCGGUGGAUCUGCUCAACAAGAGCUGUUACGAUUUCUUCCAUCCGGACGAUAUCGCCCAUAUGAAGGAGAACUUCGAACAGGUGCUAAAGCAGAAGGGCCAGAUGUUCUCGGUGAUGUACCGGUUCCGGGCGAAAAACAAGGAAUGGGUCUGGAUGCGGACGCAAGCGUACGCCUUCCUGAAUCCGUACACGGACGACAUCGAGUACGUGGUGUGCACCAACAGCUCGGCAAAAUCUCUCCACUCCAGCCAUGAAGCGGUGGGUGCGGCAGAUCCGGCAGACACCCCGGUCUCCUACCAGGCCCCGGGCCUAGACUAUUCGAUGCCAAGCCGGCGAGAAUCGACGCCCGCCAGUAGUAUAUACAAUCCUCACAACUUGAUUUCACACUUGCCAUCACAACAGCAACAGCAACAACCGCCAUCAGCCGCCACGGCCGCGGCCGCCAACGCGUCGAUCCAGCGACCGGACAGUGCGCACAACUCGGUGCAAUAUAGCUAUAAUCCAACGCCCUCUCCUAUUCAAUAUGGUUCCCCCGGUACGCCCGGUGCUUCCGGUUCCCUAGGUCAUAUUCCCAAAACUAACAACACCUCGCCAACGCCGGCAGCGACCGCAUGGUCGUUACGACAGCCUCAACCCGUUACCGAAGGUUACCAGUACAGCGAGCUCAGUCCGAACAGAUCGCCAACGGGGCCCACGUACACCCAGCUUAGUGCGACCGGAUCGCGGCAACCCUCAACUUAUACACCGUCCGCCGGACAACCCGGCAUUUGGAGCGGCUGGCAGGCGCACCAUCCAGCGGCACCGGAACCGAUGCAAACGAGCAGUAGUAGCGGGGCUGCCCCUGGAGCCGGCGGCAGCAGCAGUAGUAGCAACAGUGCACCCCAGGACAUCCCGCCAGAGCACAUGCAACAGCAUCAGCAGCACCACCCGCACCUGCAGCAACAUCACGGUGGCCAUCAUCCUGCACAGCAUCAUCCGCACCAUGCGGCACACCACGCGGCAGCAGCAGCCGCAGCCCAUCAUCACCAUCAGGUGCACCAUCCGGGCCACCAUCAUCCGGGGCAGCACCACCCGGGCCAGGGUCACGAACUGUCCGAGAUGCUGCAGAUGCUGGACCAGAGCAAUGCGACCUCCUUCGAAGAUCUGAACAUUCACAUGUUCAACACUCCGUUCGAAUGAAAUUUGCUGUACUACGGUUAUAACAGCUAUAACCAGUCGACGGCGGCCGCGGCCUAUCAUGGUGGAGGCGGAGGAGGAGGAGGAGGUGGUGCCGGUGGAGGCGGGAUCAGUAGUGGCCACGGAGUAACGUCGUCGGCAACCGGGGUUAAUAGUGGCGGCAGCAGCAGCAACAGUAGUAGCAUUAGCGGAUUGAUGGGUGGAUUUGCCAAUGGGAACGGCCUGACGACCACGGUCGGUGGACUGGGCAGCGGUUUCGGCGGCUACAUCAAUGAUCAGCUGUAAAUAAGCAGGAGGAAGGACGCAGAGACGCGUGUAAAUGUAAAUGAGAUGAGAAAACUUUUUUAUAUUAUAAUUACCAACUUACACCCCCAAAACACAAAGUCACGCUCAAUAGAUGUCGUCACCAUUCCACUGAAGAAAAAAAAAACGGAGGAAAUCAAACAUUUUAUCAACAUCCCCUUGGAAGCUAAAAAUAAAAAAAUGCAGGCAUUAAGCAAACAAUUCGCGUAGAUUUCCUAACAAUCUUAUUAAAUCUGGAGAGAUCUGCCAAAUGACCUGAUUAGACGACAUUCAGUUGGAAAGCUUAGAAACAGAAAAAAAACGCAAAAAUGACCGCAAAUUCAACGAAGGCCACUAGUUAGGCAAUUGAUUAGAAUAAACGAGAAAAAAAGGCAAGACAAACAACAAAUGAAAUGUGCUGCGAUUGAGCUGUCGACUGUUACACCGACUAGGUCGUCCUACGAAUAGGUACUUGUUUUGUUUAAGAACCAAUUCUGUCCGCGCGUGCUCAUAUCCACUUCUACCAAGCAGCAAUAGAUGUUUGUGAACAAAAAAAUAAGUUCGUUCUCACUGAACAGUUUUUGAUGUAUGUUUUUUCACUUUUAGUUAUUUUACGAAAAAUUGUUUAUCCCCCGCAGAAAAUUUAGCAAAGUAUCUAGGCAAGAGAAAAGGGACGAAUCUGGCGAAGAAAAGUUUCUUCGAAGAAACAUCGACUAGAAAGUGGUACAUUAUACGGAAACAAAAUUUUCAAAUUCUUCAAUGCAGAAACGAAUGCUUCGAACAGCUGUGUGGAUAAUUUUGUAAAAAAGUAUUCAAUUACGAUUCCGAUUUUAUUUCUCAGAAAGCAAAAGCUAUAUCAUCACACACACGUUUAUAAAAAAAAUCGCAAUUGAAAAAUUCAAACAUUUCGAACAAACAGCACCAAACGCAUUCGUUGGAUAAACAUUAAGAAAUUAUUAAACUGUAAGAGAAUGCAUGGCAAAGAAUAGAAAAGCGAGAUUGAGAUGAAGAAGGUAGAAAUCUUUUUGCUAGGUCUAAUGAUUAUGUAAGUUAAAUUUUAUUUUAAUAAAAGAAAAAAACCGGACAAAAUUCAUCAGAGGAAAAUUAUUAAACUAUACAUAGGUAAAACAUUUCGCUACGAUUAACUAUUAAGAAACCGAAGAAUUCGUUUAUUGUAUAGACACACAGCAGAGGAUAUAAAGGAUUAGAAGGAAACCAUUGAGCUAGUUUAGUUUAAGUAAAGAAAAAGUGUAAAGAUUCCUAAUCAGUUUUCUCCGCAUCAGCGCAGCAAUAGGACAUAAUUUAUAUAUAUCAUGCCCGUGAAACAUAGUUUGAAAAUAAAUUCAUCUUCCUCCACAUUUUUGUGAACGCAACAACAUCAACCAAUAACAAUAGUUAAAAAAAAUAGAACACAAGAAAGUAACGACGAUUGCCAUCCGGGAAUGAGUUAAGUUCUUUUUUUUUUAAGUUUGAUCGACUCCCUCCCGGCAACCACUAACUGAUAAAUCUGUACAGAAGCAACUACCAUAUAAACGCAAGAAAGCAAGCAAGAGUGAUCCGAAAUGCUCCGAAUCCGAGCGGUCGGCUGAGCUCUCAACCCCAGACAGACUCAUGACAAGUCAAGCAUUUAGUUUAGAAAAAAAAAACCGACAACAGCCAAGCGAAUCAUAAUUUAUUUGUAAAGUAGUUAAUUUGUCCAACUCCCCAAUUCAUCAUCCUUCGCCCGCAAUUUUAUACUAAAUACUAAGUAAAAGCUCCUUUAGUUAGUUUAACUUCCCUUCAAACCUUGUUUAGCCGAAGGUGUUGAAAGCUUCCCCACCUUUUGUCCGUUUUGUGAAUAGAAAGUUAAAAGAAAAAGUAAGACAAAUCCAUUCAGUUAAAAUAAAAAGAAAAUGGGUAUCGAACGUAUAUUUUUCCGAAAAGCAAUGCAAGUCUUCAAAGUAAAAAAAAAGAAUUGUUUUUGAGUUUCAAACGCAAAACAAUCCAAAACCGAGCAACAUCGAACAUCUAACUUCCAAUAUUGAUGAGACAAACACACAUAACAGACCCAAUCCAUGGGGUGUUUAACAGUCGUACGUGUUCCAACAAUUGUUUUGUCCUGCGCUAGGUUGUAUAUGUGUAUGUAUUGGACAAAGGUUGCAAGAAGUAAAGAAUCAAAAACCGGAAAUUUAGCUACAAUUAUAUUUGAGGAGAAUUUUCGAAUGGUGAAAAAAAAUUACAAAUGAACGUAAAAAUUAGGCAAAUGAAAAAAAGAUUUCGGUUCGGCACGCUAUUAAGGCAACACACACACAAGACAAAAAAAAUCAGCAGCAAAAAGAGGAACUUAAAAGAAAACUUAUGUGUACGAUAAAUCGGAACAAAAAGCAGUAAAUAUUGCAAAAAUAAAGAAGCACUUACCUUACACAAGCAGCAAAAAAAAAAUAUUAGCUAACCCCUCAUUUGUAUAAAAGAAAGAAAAACACAAUUAAAGCAGGAUUUUGAAAAAAAAAAAAAGAUUGUAUAAGUGAAAAAAUGUUCUCUUUUUUUUAAAGUGGA